AUGUCCACUACCCAGUCCGGGCCAAUUGCCCCCCAAGCUGGGAGCCUGAUCAAUAAAUGGGGCUAUUCGUUCAAAUGGACAGAUAGCCAUCUUCCCCGGGACACCAUCAAGCCGCUCCGCCAGCAAUAUGAUACCAUCGGUGCUGCAGCAUUGGAAAGAAUCCAAGCAAUCCGUCUUGCUUUGGUAGAAGAAGCCAGUGCCAAAGGCACAACUCCUCCCUCGAAUGAUCUCUACACUCUCCUCCGAGACCACCACAGAGAAGACGAGAUACUCUCACAGUUCUGGACCGAGCUUCACACCGUGCCUGACUGGGUAGACUGGCAGCAGCUCGAACGAGGGCAGAGAUUCUUGUACCGCUACGCAAUCGCGAACAUUGUUGGCUUUGCUCUGCAGGGCUUCAUGGCAGAGAACUCGGCUGCGUCAGGGGUUGUCGAGGUCCUCGUCCGAACCGGUGGCUUUUCCACCCGUAUGCUCCUUGGACGGUUGCUGGAGACAUUUCAAUGGCUUAUCCAAGUGACGCACAGCCUAGCUGCCAUCCAGCCGGGAGGCGAAGGUCACGUUGCAACAAUCCGGGUCCGGCUCCUGCAUGCAGCAGUCCGACAACGCAUCCUGAAACUGUGUCAGCGGAAGCCGGGGUACUUCAGUACCGAGCAGCAUGGCGUCCCCGUCAACACCAUGGACGCUAUUCACUCCAUCACUACCUUCUGCUGCAACCACAUGUGGCUGCAGCUGCCCAAGUUCGGCAUCACGCCCUCGAAACAAGAAAUUGAUGAUUAUAUCGCCUUGUUCCGGUAUAUCGGGUACCUGCUGGGUACACCAACGGAGUACUUUGAGACCACCGAGAUGGCAAAAUUGACCAUGGAGAGUGUCUACCUCCACGAGCUCCACAUCACGGAGACUUCGCGUGUGGUGGCAUAUAACUUUGUCCAGUGUGUUCAGAACCUACCGCCGCCAUUUCAGGUCUCCAAAGGCUUCAUUGAAGCAGGUAGCCGGUGGAUCAAUGGCGACGAGCUCUGCGAUGAGCUUGACUUGGGAAGGCCGGGUGUUCUGCACUACCUGGCUUUCACUGGACACUGUGUGUUGGUAAUAAUUCUGGCUUGGACGCAGAGGAUCGUUCCAGGCUUUGACGACUUGAUGAUUAGCGUGAGUCUCUCCAAUGUUUCAAUUGUAGGAUGGCAUGAUGUUGACCAUUUAGCUCUUUCGGACAAUCAUGUAUAA